GUUUGUUGAUAACAUGCUCUUAAGAAGCUCAGGAAAAUUGAAUGUGGGCACCAAGAAAGAGGAUGGCGAGAGUACAGCCCCCACACCUCGCCCCAAAGUCCUUCGUUGUAAAUGCCACCACCAUUGUCCAGAAGAUUCAGUCAACAAUAUCUGCAGCACAGAUGGGUACUGCUUCACGAUGAUAGAAGAAGAUGACUCUGGAACACCUGUUGUCACCUCUGGAUGUCUAGGACUAGAAGGAUCAGAUUUUCAAUGUCGGGACACUCCCAUUCCUCAUCAACGAAGGUCAAUCGAAUGUUGCACGGAAAGGAAUGAAUGUAAUAAAGACUUACACCCUACUCUGCCUCCACUGAAGAACAGAGAUUUUGUUGAUGGAACUAUACACCACAAAGCCUUACUCAUAUCUGUGACUGUCUGUAGUUUACUGUUGGUCCUCAUUAUUUUAUUCUGUUACUUCAGGUAUAAAAGACAAGAAGCCAGGCCUCGGUACAGCAUUGGGCUAGAGCAGGAUGAAACUUACAUUCCUCCUGGAGAGUCCCUGAGAGACUUGAUUGAGCAGUCUCAGAGCUCGGGAAGUGGAUCGGGUCUCCCUCUGCUGGUCCAAAGGACAAUAGCUAAGCAAAUUCAGAUGGUGAAGCAAAUUGGAAAGGGUCGCUAUGGGGAAGUGUGGAUGGGCAAGUGGCGUGGAGAGAAGGUAGCUGUGAAAGUGUUCUUCACCACUGAGGAAGCCAGCUGGUUCCGGGAGACGGAGAUAUACCAGACGGUCCUGAUGAGGCAUGAAAACAUUCUGGGGUUUAUUGCUGCAGAUAUUAAAGGGACUGGGUCCUGGACUCAGUUGUACCUCAUCACAGACUAUCAUGAAAAUGGCUCCCUUUAUGACUAUCUGAAAUCUACCACACUAGACGCGAAGUCCAUGCUGAAGUUAGCCUACUCUUCCGUCAGUGGCCUAUGCCACUUACACACGGAAAUCUUCAGCACUCAAGGCAAACCAGCAAUCGCCCACCGAGACUUGAAGAGUAAGAACAUCUUGGUAAAGAAGAAUGGAACUUGCUGCAUAGCUGAUCUGGGCUUGGCUGUCAAGUUUAUCAGUGAUACAAAUGAGGUUGACAUUCCACCCAACACACGAGUUGGCACCAAGCGCUAUAUGCCUCCAGAAGUGUUGGAUGAGAGCUUGAACAGAAAUCAUUUCCAGUCUUAUAUCAUGGCUGACAUGUACAGUUUUGGACUUAUCCUCUGGGAGAUUGCAAGGAGGUGUGUUUCUGGAGGUAUAGUGGAGGAAUACCAACUUCCCUAUCAUGACCUGGUGCCCAGUGACCCUUCUUAUGAGGACAUGAGAGAAAUUGUGUGCAUUAAGAAAUUACGGCCUUCGUUCCCCAAUCGGUGGAGUAGUGAUGAGUGUCUCAGGCAGAUGGGAAAGCUCAUGACAGAGUGCUGGGCUCACAAUCCUGCCUCCAGGCUGACAGCCUUGAGAGUUAAGAAAACACUUGCCAAAAUGUCAGAGUCCCAGGACAUUAAGCUCUGACAUGGGAUACUUGUGGACUGAGCAAGAGAUUUUACAGACGCCUACAUAGUCCAAGCCUUGAACAUUGUCCUACUGCCCGGUGGGUUCAGACUUCCCCUCUCAGGGAACAAGCUGGACAGACACAGAACGCCCCAGAAACACAGAUUCUUCAUGGCUUUCUAAGGAGCGGAAACCAUUUGGGUAACUUGUUCAAGAUAUGACUCAUGUUGCUUUCUAAGAAAGCCCUGUAUUUUGGAAUUGCCAUUUUUU